AUGCUGGUUUUAUACGAAACCGCGAUGGGCUACUGCCUAUUCAAAGUGGCCGACUCUUCAAAAUUAGAGAGCGAGGAUCUGUGGAAAGAAUUCGAUAGCCCGGAAAAAGCAAGUAAAUUGCUCAAAUUGAAGGCUUUACAUCGGUUUACGUCGACGGCGACUGCUGUUGAAGAUAUCACCGCCUUGCAGAAGGGGAAGCUCGGUAAGGGACUGAAGCAGUUCCUCACAGACGAAGUAGUCGGGAAGGGGAAGGGCAAAGAGUCUUUGGUCGUUGUGGAUCAGCAUCUAGCCCACUCAAUAUCAAAAAAACUAAGCAUCGACGUGCAAGCCCUGACAGAAAACUCUACCACAGACUUAUGGCGAGGUAUACGAAGUCAGAUUGCAGCACUGCUCGAUGGACUCGACCCGAAGGAUCUCGCGACGAUGAGCCUUGGUUUGAGUCAUUCACUGUCGAGAUUCAAACUCAAAUUCUCCCCGGACAAGGUCGACACGAUGAUUGUGCAAGCGAUCGCACUCCUAGACGAUCUGGACAAGGAGAUUAACAUAUAUUCCAUGCGUGUCAAGGAAUGGUACGGCUGGCAUUUCCCCGAAAUGGCCAAGAUCAUCUCGGACAACCUAGCGUACGCAAAAGUCGUUCGUCAUAUGGGCUUCCGCACGAACGCAUCAUCGACGAACUUUGAAACCCUGCUCCCCGAGGACCUCGAAGCCGUCCUAAAAGCAGCGGCCGAAAUAUCGAUGGGCACUGAGAUCUCCGACUCCGACAUCGCCAACAUCUUCGCGCUAUGUGACCAGGUCAUUUCGAUAUCCGCCUACCGCACGCAGCUCGCCGAAUACCUUCGCAAUCGUAUGAACGCCAUCGCCCCUAAUCUCACUGCAUUGGUCGGUGACUUGGUCGGCGCACGGCUAAUAAGCCAUGCUGGUAGUUUGUUGAGUCUGGCUAAACAGCCUGCAAGUACAGUCCAGAUCCUCGGUGCCGAGAAGGCGCUAUUCCGGGCCCUGAAAACGAAACACGAUACCCCAAAAUACGGUCUGAUAUACCAUGCUUCGCUUGUUGGUCAGGCUCCACCAAAACUAAAAGGCAAAAUGGCCCGUAUGGUUGCCACGAAGGCCGCCCUUUCAAUUCGCGUAGACGCACUAACAGACGAUAACGGUAAAUCAGAACCGUCGGCGCCCUCAAUAGGCCUCGAAAACCGCGCGAAGCUCGAAUCACGGCUGCGGAGCCUCGAGCAUGGGAAUGAUCUUGCUGGGGUGCGGAGGUUCGGCGAUGGGGGGAAGAAGCAGCCGCGAUUCGAAAUGAAGGGGGAGACGAAGACGUAUAAUAGCGCGGCGGAUGCUGUGGACCUUGUGUCGACGCAGCGCGACCCGAUGGAGGCGGCCGUGAAGGCGGCGCUGGAUGUGAAGGAGGAGAAGAGGAAGGCGAAGGAGCUGAGGCGGGCGAAGAAGCGGGAGGAGAAGGUGAAGGCCGAGAGCGAAUCUGUUGAACCUGAGGACGAUGAUAUGGACGUCGAUGGGGAAGACUCGAAGGCUGCGAAGGAGAAGAAGCGGAAACGGAGAGAAAGUGAGCCUGGUCCCGCAGAGCUGGAAGAAGUGAAGGAGGAGGAAACAGAGGCUGAGCGGAAGGCAAGGAAGAAGGCCAAGAAGGAGGCCAAAGAGGCGAAGGAAAAGAUGAAGGCUGAAGCCCUGGCAGGUACUGACUCUCCCAAGAAAAAGAAAAAGAAGUCGGAGGCAUAG